CUGCAGCCGGAGUGGGCGGUGAGUGCGCGAGACGGUGAGCAGUUUGAACCUCGUCUGUGUCGAGGCGGAAAUAUUAAAAUUAAACAAUUUGGUUCCAGUCAAGGCAGAACUAAACUACAAAGUUAUUAUCCGCGUUCCAGAUUUUUUUUUACAACAGUCGGGAUUAGUGCGUGAAGACUAAAGAUUUUGUUGUUAGCCGACUGCUGGUGCGCGAAGCCGGUUGUCACGGACAGACUCGUUCUUUCCGGCUAGGCUAACCUAGCCGCGGAGCUAACGUUUCAGCUAGCCGUGACAGCAAAUCCUCGACACAAAGAACGACUUCGCCGGUCUUUGCCCUUCUGAUCCAGAAUCCCUCCGUUGAAUGAGGGCGGAGCCUCCUGUAGAGGUUCAUCAUGGUGCUGACGGGGAAGCGCUCAGAGAAAGGUCCGGCCUGCUGGAAGAGGCGGGUCAAGUCUGAGUACAUGAGGCUCCGGCAGCUGAAACGCUUCAGACGUGCUGAUGAGGUCAAGAGCAUGUUCAACUCCAACCGUCAGAAAAUCAUGGAGCGAACAGAUAUUUUGAACCAGGAGUGGAAAACCCGGCGGAUCCAGCCCGUUCACAUCAUGACGUCUGUCAGCUCUCUGCGGGGAAGCCGAGAGUGCACCGUGGACACCGGCUUCUCAGAGUUUUCCCGUCAGGUCAUUCCUCUGAAGACGCUGAAUGCGGUGGCCUCAGUUCCUGUCAUGUACUCCUGGUCUCCGCUGCAGCAGAACUUCAUGGUGGAGGAUGAGACAGUCCUUCAUAACAUUCCCUACAUGGGAGACGAGAUUCUGGACCAGGAUGGAACUUUUAUAGAGGAACUCAUAAAGAACUACGAUGGAAAAGUUCAUGGAGACAGAGAGUGCGGCUUCAUCAACGAUGAGAUCUUCGUGGAGUUGGUCAGCGCGCUGUCCCAGUACAGCGACAACGAGGACGAUGAUGAAGACGAGGAAGAACAAGAUUUUAAGGUGGACAAAAUGGACUUGUGUGAUGGUAAAGAGCAGCCAGAGGAUCACCGUAAGGACCGACUGGAGGGCCGAACCAAUGACAUCAACAAGAAGUUUCCAUCUGAUAAGAUUUUUGAAGCCAUCUCCUCCAUGUUUCCUGACAAAGGCUCCACCGAGGAGCUGAAAGAGAAGUAUAAGGAGCUGACGGAGCAGCAGCUCCCCGGCGCGCUGCCUCCCGAGUGCACGCCGAACAUCGAUGGGCCGAACGCGCGCUCCGUGCAGCGCGAGCAGAGCCUGCACUCCUUCCACACGCUGUUCUGCAGACGCUGCUUCAAAUACGACUGUUUCCUCCACCCUUUCCAUGCAACUCCAAACACGUACAAGCGCAAGAACCUGGAGAACCUGGUGGACUCGAAGCCCUGUGGCAUGCACUGCUACAUGUACCUGGUGCAGGAUGGGAUGGAGUACCCAGCAGGUAUGGUGGCCGAGCGAGCCAAGACGCCCUCCAAACGCACGGUGGGCCGUCGCCGUGGACGACAGCCCAACAGCAACAGUAACAGCCGCCCCAGCACCCCCACCGUCUCCUCGGAAACCAAAGACACCGACAGCGACCACGAGGGAAGCAAAGAGGACGAGCGCGAGAACGACAAAGACGACGAGGACAAGAAGGACGAAACGACCAGCAGCUCCGAGGGAAACUCUCGCUGCGAGACGCCGGUGAAGAUGAAGCUGAGCAGCGAGGCUGAAGCCGUGGAGUGGAGCGGAGCUGAAGCUUCUCUCUUCAGAGUCCUCAUCGGGACGUACUACGACAACUACUGCGCCAUCGCUCGACUAAUCGGAACCAAGUCCUGCAGACAGGUUUACGAGUUCAGGGUGAAAGAGUCGGCCAUCAUCGCCCGAGCUCCUGCUGAAGACGAGGACACGCCCCCCAGGAAGAAGAAGAGGAAGCACCGGCUGUGGGCCACACACUGCAGGAAGAUCCAGCUGAAGAAAGAUGGAUCGUCCAAUCACGUGUACAACUACCAGCCAUGUGACCACCCCCGCCAGCCGUGUGACUCUUCGUGUCCCUGCGUCACCGCUCAGAACUUCUGUGAGAAGUUCUGUCAGUGCAGCUCUGAGUGUCAGAACCGUUUCCCGGGCUGCCGGUGCAAAGCCCAGUGCAACACCAAGCAGUGCCCCUGCUACCUGGCAGUGAGGGAGUGUGACCCGGAUCUGUGCCUGACCUGCGGCGCCGCAGACCACUGGGACAGCAAGAACGUGUCCUGCAAGAACUGCUCCAUCCAGAGAGGAGCCAAGAAGCACCUGCUGCUGGCGCCGUCCGACGUGGCGGGCUGGGGCAUCUUCAUCAAAGAGCCAGUUCAGAAGAACGAGUUCAUCUCCGAGUACUGUGGAGAGAUCAUCUCUCAGGAUGAAGCUGACCGCAGAGGGAAGGUCUACGAUAAAUACAUGUGCAGCUUCCUGUUCAACCUGAACAACGACUUUGUGGUGGACGCCACCAGGAAAGGAAACAAGAUCCGCUUUGCUAACCAUUCUGUCAACCCCAACUGCUAUGCAAAAGUGAUGAUGGUCAACGGCGACCACAGGAUCGGCAUCUUCGCCAAGAGAGCCAUUCAGACCGGGGAGGAGCUGUUCUUCGACUACAGGUACAGCCAGGCUGAUGCUCUGAAGUACGUGGGCAUCGAGCGUGAGAUGGAGAUCGCCUGAUCAGCACUUCUACCUCCACUAAGGCCUUACACACAAUCACACCUUCAGGAAUCACAUCGUCAACAUUUCUACUACUUCAGGAAAACUGGGAAUAUUUCACCUGGAUUUUUGACUCGUAGGACUUUUUUACUUUCAUAUUUGUGUUCUGCUUCCUUCUGCUAUUCCUCUCCUUCUGUUGGGAUUCUUGAGGAUCUUUUUUCCUCCUUUUGUGACACAUUUGGUGUUCAGGAGAGGACGCGGACACAAAACUUCCUGGUUUCUAAGAGACUGAACAGUUCAGGGACCAAAAUCCUCCACCAGCAACUUUCAGACCAGUCUGGACUGGGACCUGUCCUCCUGGUCUGUGUGGGACUGGGGACACUCGUCUUGCUGUAACACGUCCCAUCGUCUUACCAGUCUCCUACAGAUGUCCUGCCCGUCUCCCACAGACGUCCUAUGUGUCCCACAGACGUCCUGCCCGUCUCCCCCAGACCGCCUACGUCUCCCACACUGCCAGACUACCACCUUUAAAAUCCGACAUUCAGGUUUCUGAGGCAUACUGUUGGAUUAUUUGUGUCGUUCUGCUUCAUGACAGAAUCCUCAGCAGCGGCGUUCCGUCUCUAAAAAUUGGAGAUGAUUCCGACACUGCUUCCUGUCCUCUCGUCCAAUCAGCUGCCAGCUCUUGGUGCUACUUUAGGUCCCUUUCCCGUCGUGCCUCAGCAGUUUAAAUCUGGUUUGUCUGAGACAGGAAAACUGAAGCUUUCAGCUGAUCUCAGAUCCGUUUACUUCCAAAAUAAGAGUUUCAGCUCAAAAACACGUUAAAGUGAAUCGUUGUGAUUUUCUCAAGACAGCAAAAACUUUGAAUUAAUAUUUAAGAAAAUUAAAUGAACUGAGUCUAAGACGAUAAUCUGGUUCUGUUAUAAUCUGAGAUAAUCUAAUAAAAUUUGCUGGCAGCAGGUUAAACUUCAUUUUAGACAUUGGAUCAGGGUUCUGGUUUAAAUCUGCUGGGAAACGGUGUUGAUGAUCUAAUCCAGUUUAUCGCUCUGCUGUGCCUUCACAAGACAACAGGUGAUCUCUCCAAGCCCCGCCCACUCCCCUCAACUCCUGCUGCCUCUGCAGUUUCACAUCAUUCCUGUUAAUGAUUCUGGUGCUCGUCACGGUCCGACUGGCCCAUAGAAGCGGUUUUUAUUCUCAUUUUACUUUAAUCUGACUUGUAGGCACCGCGGGCCGAGGUGGACCGGUUACAGACUUUGGUUCUGAACACAUCUCCUUUUGUUUCUGUGGAAAGUCCAUCAUUUUCCUGCUGUUCCGGAUCGGAUUCAUGUGGUUCUGAUCUGACUCAGAUGCUUUAGAACUAUAAAUACCAGCUGCUGGAUUAAGGGCCGGGUAGCUGAGGACUUACAGGUGCAUGAUGGGUAAAAUAAAGUUAAUAAAAUUGUAAGUGAAGGUGUUACCCGGUCCCCCCGACUUCAGGUUCUGGUUCCUGUUGGACCGGACCCUCUAAUCACACAGGUGCUACUACUUUUGUAACGUUUACAGGGGUUGUGUUGUUCCAAGUGAUGCAGAUUAAAAUAUUGUAAACACCUCA